AUGGCCACCAAAUCCGACGACGAGAUGGGCAAAUCCCAAACCCAGGAAGGGGAAACCGACGUAAUUGCAACUCCAUCUGGCCCCGACAUGGUGUCACUUGGGAAUGUUGAUCAAGCUCUCGUUGCGAAAAUGACUUUAGUGAAUGAUGCAAUUGAUCAAAUCGGAUUCACGGCGUACCAUACUAAAUUAUUCUUCCUCAAUGGAUUCGGAUACGGUGUUGAUUCCCUACUACUUUUCCUCAUGAGCAUUUCCGCAGACCAAGUCGUAACGCAAUACCCACCGAAAUUCAACCGAGGUGCACAAUUGGGUUUCUACCUUGCAUUAUUAGUUGGCGCCUUAUUUUGGGGUGGGACGGCAGAUAUCAUCGGUCGAAAAUGGGCAUUCAAUUUUUCCCUGCUCACCAGUGCUAUAUUCGCCAUUACGGCCGGUGCUGCUCCGAAUUAUGUCGCUUGGGCUACACUGGUUGCCAUCUCUGCAUUUGGUUCAGGUGGUAACUUGGUCCUGGAUACAACCGUGUUUCUGGAAUAUUUACCAUCCAAUAAACAAUGGCUUCUGACUCUUUUGGCUGGCUGGUGGGGUGUUGGCCAAACUGUGGCUGGUCUUAUCGCUUGGCCGUUCAUGGCUGGAUAUAGCUGUCCGACCGACGGAUCCGUACCUUGUACAAAUGAUAACAAUAUGGGAUGGAGGUAUCUGUUUUAUACAUCUGGAGCCCUGGUCUUCGUCCUGAGCAUGGCUCGAGUCUUGGUCAUUCGAUUCCACGAAACUCCUAAAUUCCUACUUUGCCAAGGCAUGGAUGAAGAAGUUAUCAAAACACUUCACGACCUUGCCCAAAAGCAUAAUCGAGAAUGCGACCUCACACUGGCCCAACUCCAGGCCUGUGGUCAAAUUCACAGCACCCAUGCUAAGAACAAAGCAACCUUUGCCGAAGUCGGGGUGCAUAUUCGAGGCCUGUUUGCGACACGAACUCUUACCUUUUCAACCAUCUUGGUCUGGAUCUCUUGGGCUCUCAUUGGUCUCGGCUAUGCCCUCUAUUACGUAUAUCUACCGGAAUAUCUGGCAUCUCGGGGUGCAUCUACGGGCGAAUCCUCGCCCGACAUCACCUGGCGAAACUAUGCCAUCACCAACCUGUGUGCAGUACCAGGGCCGAUCAUUGCCAGUUACAUGUGUGAAAUGCGAAUAUUCGGUCGAAAGGGGACAAUGGCAGUUGGUGCCUUUAUGACCAUGGCCUUCUUUUUCGGAUAUACCGCUGUAAAAACAGGCCCUCAAAACCUCGGAUUUUCUUGUGCCAUCUCGGUUUCGAUCAACAUUUACUAUUCAACCUUGUACGCCUACACGGUUGAGAUACUUCCUUCAGCUCAUCGUGGUACCGGAAAUGGUAUUGCUGUGGCUCUGAAUCGAUUGAUGGGAAUGGUUUCUGCGUUGAUCGGUGCAUUUACUUCAACGUCUACCUCGGUUCCAAUUUAUGUCUGCGCUGCAUUACUGGGAAUGGCUGGUAUUUUGGCCAUCCUUUUCCCCCUCGAGUCGCGUGGAAAGCAAAGUAUUUAA